GUAGCCGUCAUACAGUAAAUAAGCAAGAUUAUAGCUAAUGAUACAGUAUUAUUUAUUAUUUCGGUUGUGUAAGUUGGAAACCAGAGAGUGUUUGCCGCCAAUUAUCAAAUGACUACCCGUGGCAGCGUUAAAUGUCUGUGAUGUUGAUGUUUUGAUAAAGAGUGUUAGACGAAAUUGAGAAGCAUGAGGCAGAUUUAACUGUUCAUUGAAGACCCCUGUCACCACGACUGAAGCGUGCUAAAGCCCGUCGGCAGGAUAAGUCAACAACAGCUGAAUGAUACGAAUUGUUCCUGUUCCUGCAAGGCGUCAACACUACUGAGAGGGUUACGCUGUAGUUUGCUUCGCAAGUGCAUAUAGUGGACUAGAAUCAAAUCAUCUGAAAAUAAAGGUGCAAAAUGGCCCAAAAUCCUGCCCGAAAACAGAAGAGAAAAACAUAUACAAAAGAAGAACUUCAGGAGUUGUCAAAAGAAGAACUGAUCUCAAGAGUUCUGCAGUUGGAAGCCUAUAACACACAAUUAAAGUGUUCACUAACUAAACGACUGAGUGAAGUGGAGAAUACAGUCAGUAUUGAAGAAACAAAGCGCAAACGAGCUUUUGAUUUUUCAAAUUGCAUUAAGAGGCAUAUUAUGUUGAAAGUAUUGUAUCUUGGAUGGAAUUAUCAGGGUCUAGCAACACAGGAGGACAGCACUAAAACGAUUGAACAUGAGCUGUUUGCAGCUCUGUACAAAACUUGCCUUGUUGAAAGCAGGGAGACUGCCAAUUAUCAUCGAUGUGGUCGUACAGAUAAGGGUGUAAGUGCUUUCUGUCAGGCAUUCACAUUAGAUGUUAGAAGCAACUUGACUGAAGAGGAAGUACACUCAGGAAGCACUAACUCAGAACUACCGUAUCCAAAGCUUUUGAACCGUGUUUUGCCAAGUGACAUUAGGGUUCUAUCCUGGACACCUGUACCACAAGACUUCAGUGCAAGAUUUGAUUGCAAAUCUAGGACAUACAAAUAUUUUUUCCCUAGAGGAAAUUUAGAUCUACAGAGGAUUAGUGAAGCUACAUGCUAUCUGGUAGGUAGCCAUGAUUUUCGUAAUUUGUGUAAAAUGGAUGUAAAGAAUGGAGUAAUCAAUUAUAUAAGGGAUAUUCUUAGCAUUGAACUGAAAGUUGUCUCCGAGGAUCCUGCAAAAGUAGUAUCAUAUGACGUGUGUGUACUAACGGUAAAAGGAAAAGGCUUUCUUUGGCACCAGAUUAGAUGCAUUGUCGGUGUUUUGUUCUUAAUUGGCCAAGGCAAGGAGGAGCCCACUGUUAUAAAGGACUUACUAAACGUUGAUAUUAACCCACAGAAACCUCAGUAUUGUCUUGCUAAUGAAGUUCCACUUAAUCUCUUCCAUUGUGAAUUUGAUGAAAUGGGGGAGAUAGUGGACAAUGAUACACUAAUAAGUGUGAUACAUGAACUCCAGAGAAUUUGGACAAUUAAUGCUGUUAAAACAACAAUGGUGCGUUCUAUGUUGUGCUGCUUGCAAGAAAAUAUAGAGCAAAAUGCAAAUGAACAAAGUUCAUGCCUUCUUGAUGGAGUGAAACGCAAAGUUUACCAGCCGCUCUUUGAGAGGCCAAAAUGUGAUAGUUUGGAUGAGCGCAUUCAGCAUUACAUAAAAAAGAAGAAAAUUGAGCUUCCAGAAAAUGAGAUAGAAAAUGCGAAGUAGUGAUCAACAGUUUAGUUUGACAAUAGUAUAUUUGAAAUAAAUAUUGAACUUUUUUAGUAAUUGGGUAAAUAUUGAUGUAACAUAACAAAAUGAAAAAAAGUUGAUCUGAUGAGAA